CAUGUGAAUCUCUAUAUAUGGGAGUUCCAUGUGUUUCCAUGGCCGGUUCUGUACAUGCCCACAACGUUGGUGUGAGUCUGCUCUCCAAAGUUGGGCUAGGACAUCUGAUUGCCAAAAAUGAAGAUGAAUAUGUCCAAUUGGCACUGCAGUUGGCCUCUGACAUCACAGCCCUUUCUACCUUGAGGAUGAGCCUUCGGGAACUCAUGGCUAAAUCACCUGUAUGUGAUGGAGCUAACUUUACCCUUAGUCUAGAGUCAACAUACCGGAACAUGUGGGAACGCUACUGUAAAGGUGAUGUGCCAUCUUUGAGGCGUAUAGAAAUGCUGCAACAGCAACAGGGGUUUUGUGAGGAGUCACAUGCAAAAAACACGGAGCCAAACAAAGUCCCUAAAGAGGAAAGUCUUGGAACUAUCAAGAGCAAUGGUUUUGGUCCAGUCCCAUCAUCUCUAAUGAAUUCCUUCACUUGUGAAGAGAAUGGGAGUCAGUCAAAUAAGAGCAUAGAGUCAGGCAACUUGAGCUGAUGUUGGAGUUCAUUGAGGCAACCAGAGAUUGCUUCCAUUCAAGAGAUUGUUCUUGUUCCCCUCUGCAAGGCCAGAAUUACUUGAGCCAUGUGUCAUUCUAUGGUUUCAUAAGCUGAAUUUUUGAGUGACUGCCACAACAGUACCUUGCCACCUUGUGAAGGACACCAUUUUUUUCGGGGAAAAGAAUGCCGAAUUUUUGCUGCUUUGAUUUUUCUUCAUCGAAAGCUAUAGCGGAUUGGAAGAGAGAUGAUGCUAUAAGUUGCUUAUCUGUAUGACAUUUUUCUGAUCUGGAUUAUAGGAACUAGUUGUGGCCUGUAUAUUAAAGGAGUUGUAUUUUUCUUUUUCUUUUUCCUUUUUAAAUUUCUCAAGGCUCUGGCUUGUGGUUUGCGAUUCUUGGGAAGAUCAGUUGGAUCACCAGGGGAUCAAGGAUUUUAUCAUACCUGUUGUGUAGUAAUGUUAGUCUGUGAUCUCACUUGACUGUGAGUAUGAUAAUAGGAAAUUAUAUGAAUUAACUUAAACUACGAUGUUUGCUCUGAUGUUCGUUAGGUUACUUCGAAUUUAUAAAUAUUCACAGGUAUGCAUUCUGGGUUA